AUUGUUGGAAAGAGAGAGGGAGAGAGGUUAGAAAGAGAACGACAAACUCGAGUCGGCGAACCGAAUCCGCUCAGCGAUUCCAAAGUCCGCUGGCAGGUUCAGUUGUCUUCGAAUCCCCGAACUGUUCGGACGUUGUUUGGGCCGAGUGAUUUUUUUCUAUUUCUUCGUUUUUUUGAACUGUUGCACGUUUUAUACAUAUUUUUCCUUGUUCUCUCUUUCUCUUGUUUUCUUCUGCUCUUCCUUGUUCUUCUGCAUGGGCACGCGCACGCGUUACAUAUUUUCAUAUUUCCUUAGGAUACAAAACCCGCGAGAUUUAGAUAUUCACGAAAUUAAUUUUGAGUUUAUCGCGCGGUAGAGUGUUUGGGUAUUCGCGUGCGUGAAACAAGAGAAAAUCGUACUUUCCAUCUCUGUCUUGAAAGAAAAGCGAUAUAAGCGAUAAAAAUCUUGAAAUUGAAAAAAAAGAACCGAGAUUUGAAACGUCAUUGACAAGGCUUUUUUGUCGAGCCUUCGAACGAAGCUUUUUUCUCCCAUUGGAAGAUCUCUGCGAGAGCGGCUUACUUGGUUUUACUACGACGAAGGAUAUCGACGUGAAAGAGACGAAAGAUCGGAGUAUUUUCUCAAAUUCUCGCAAAGAGGAAAGGAACUACACCUUCUAAAACGUAGCCGAGACGUAAAAUGGUGGCUUCGCAGAACGAUGGCGGUAGAAGUGUAGGCGGGGGUGGAAGCGAUACCGUUUACACGGUGACGGUAAGCGGUGUGGGUUAUAGGAACGAGGGUUACAAAGAUGACGGAACCGAUUGUAUACCACCGGAGCCUCAAAAACCACCACAGUUACCUCAAACGGAGGAUGACACUCAAUCGAGGAAAUUCAAACUUUCCCGUGGAGAGAAAUGGCGGAUUUUGAAGAACAUUGGAACCGUCUCGAUAGCGUUCAUGGUGCAGUUUACAGCGUUUCAAGGCACAGCGAACCUUCAAUCGUCAAUAAAUGCAAGCGACGGUCUCGGUACCGUCUCUCUUUCAGCAAUUUACGCGGCCCUUGUGCUCUCUUGUAUUUUCGUACCGACUUUUCUCAUUAAGAGGUUAACCGUUAAAUGGACACUCUGCCUCUCGAUGCUUUGUUACGCACCUUAUAUUGGUUCUCAGUUUUAUCCAAGAUUUUAUACCCUUGUACCAGCUGGCGUUUUGCUCGGUCUCGGUGCAGCACCUAUGUGGGCAGCGAAGGCUACCUAUCUCACGCAGGUCGGUGGUGUUUACGCGAAACUCACGGAUCAACCAGUCGACGCGAUUGUCGUCAGAUUCUUUGGCUUUUUCUUUCUUGCUUGGCAAACCGCAGAACUCUGGGGAAAUCUUAUAUCUUCACUGGUUUUGAGCGAAGGAGAAUUCGGUAGCGGUGGUGGUAACAGUACAACUAGUUGGAACAAGAUAAAACUCUGUGGUGCCGAAUUUUGCGUUCUUGGAAAUGGAGCACACGAAAACUUGGAGAGACCCCCGGAAUCGGAAAUUUACGAAAUUUCAUCGAUCUAUUUGACAUGCGUUAUCGUUGCAGUAAUCAUUGUCGCUCUUUUUGUCGAUCCUCUAUCAAGGUACGGCGAAAAGCAACGGCGUGCUGAUAGUCAAGAGCUCAGUGGUAUUCAGUUGCUCUCCGCGACCGCUUAUCAACUAAAGAAACCUUAUCAACAGUUACUAAUACCCAUCACAGUAUGGAUCGGUAUGGAACAGGCCUUCAUCGGCGCUGAUUUUACUCAGGCAUACAUCUCUUGCGCUCUAGGCGUUCAUAAAGUGGGAUACGUGAUGAUCUGCUUUGGUGUGGUAAAUGCGGGAUGCUCCUUGCUCUUUGGUUCUCUCAUGAAGUUCGUAGGCAGGCAACCGUUGAUGGCACUUGGUGCCAUAGUCCACGCCUGUCUGAUAGUCGUCUUGCUUCUUUGGAAACCACACCCGGAUAAUCCAUACGUUUUUUAUUCAGUCUCUGGCCUUUGGGGAGUUGGUGACGCCGUUUGGCAGACACAGGUCAACGGUCUCUACGGUACUCUCUUCAGGCGCAACAAGGAAGCCGCAUUUUCGAAUUACAGGCUAUGGGAGAGCGCAGGAUUCGUAAUUGCAUACGCGUACAGUACACACCUGUGCGCCCGCAUGAAGCUUUACGUUUUAUUGACUGUCCUGAUGAUCGGCACGAUGGGCUACAUAAUAGUCGAACUUCUCCACAGACGUAAACAAAGGAGAUUGAAGGCUAUCGCUGAGGACCCGAAAGCCGCGCAAGCGGAGGCCAAUCAACCAGAAGAAACAGACGAUGAGAAGGACGAUCUCGAUGACGACAUCAUCAUCACGCAUCUUUGAACCGACAUAUCGAUUCACCAAGUUUCGAUAACGCGAAAAAAAGGAAAAAGGCACUUUUCUGUCUUUUUUCGCGUUCUCGCCGAAAUCGAGGACUAUAAAAUAUUUCGAACAAUUUGUGGACGAUCUUGAGUGACCUUGGGCUACCCACUUUUCUCUUUCCUUUCUUCCUUUCUUCCUUCUUUCCUUUUCUACUUUUCGUUUUAGAUCUAAUUCAAUUUUUUUUCUUCUCUCGACUCGGAUACUAAUCCUUUCUCCUCGUCUUAUAAAUGAAAUUAAGAAACAGAGUGAAAAAUUAUAUGCCUGCAAAAUGGCACGAGAUGGUCUUUCGCGAUGAAACGAAAGUACCACUCUUCGCGAUUCCUCUUGUCGCAAAGAAAAGUUCGGGAAAGGAAAAUUACCGUAUAUUUACCGUCUAUUUACUGUUUAUUUGCCAUCCAUUUGGCGUCGAUUUACCAUCCAUUUGCCGGCUAUUGAAGACAUUUUUUCUUCCCAUCAAAUCAAUUCUUUUUAUUUCUUGAACAAAUAUCAACAACGUAAUCGACUUAUCGACGAAAUCACAUUUUGUUUCUUCGAUGGUAGGCAGAAAGAAAGCAAAAAAAAUCUAUCGAAUUCCAAGAUGUCUUCGUCGCGACGAGAAAAGGAAAAAAUAUUCUUUUCGAGAUCUUGAUCAAACAGAAAGAAUAACCGACGUACGUGCCUACCUAUUUAGACGGAUAGAUACGUUCGCAUCAAGAUGCUUCUUUGGCAAAGAUUCUACAAGGAAACCCUUCAUGCUCGGCCGCUUUUUCCCGCCAGAACGAGAAGCCCGUAGAGGAAAAUCACGACAAUCCUGUCUUCUAGCGACGGUGCUUUCCUACAUAAGCUACCUUCGUAUCUAUUUAUAGGUAUCGCUAACUACUUAUCCGUCCAAUGUGCGGAGAACCGACUCUGGUCUCUGAACAAAUGCCUUCUUCGUCCUUCUCUUUCUUCCUCUUUCUCGCUCUUCUUUCACCGGCUGAUGGACACUCAGGCUCGCCUAAACCCGUUCUAUCGAGUAUAAGAGAGAAAGAAAGAGAGAAUAUACAAUUUUCUUACCGACGAUCGUCAGAGUUUAAAUUCCGCGAGCUCCAAGCAAAAGAGAAGACUCCUCUCUUCGGUGCAUCCUUCUAAAGGGAUCUUAGCUCUUUUUUUAAACGUCUGGCGCGAGGCAAGGAUUAUUUUUAGAGUCCGGUUGUGUACCAACGGCACGAAUCACCCUAUCGUUCGUUAUUCAACGAAGAAAGGCAAUCGUUUGUCUUCGUCCGCAUCCCAUCGCUAUAGUUUCUUGUCUUAGAGGUCAGGAACCUUUCUGGGCAUACUCCAAGGUAGGAAAGGUUUUAAAGUACAACCUCUGAUUUCUCUCAUUAGCAUGCUCCUCGUCAUUCUUCGUCGCUGUUCGUCCAUCUUCACAAAAACAUUAAUCACGAAUCAUUCAUUCAACUUCCUCCGAAUCAAAGUCUGAAGCUUCACCUAAAUUUCGCGGAUUUAAUGCGAUUUAUUGUUCUUUCGGAUCUCUCUAUCUUACUAUUAUUCCUUGCAUAUUAUAUAAUAGAGAUAUAUUAUAAGAAUUGCAAGAUAUUGAUAAAGAAAGAGGAAACAUUGACGGAAGAGAAAAAUAAGUGUCGUGAUCGACCUUGCAAUUCCUCGGAAAGAGAAUCGAACGGUGCACUCCUCCGAACAGUUCCUUCAUGCUCUUUUCAAAUUCCACUUGUCCUUCCUAGCAAAAGAUUAAACAAAAUGACAAUAAAGUAUUCCCUCCUUUGUGGGAGAUAAUGAAUUACUAUUUCGAAAAAAAUGACAGGAAAAGAAAAAUGAUUAUCUGGGGCAAUAUAAAUUCAAUUCAAAGUAUUAUGUUUUUCUCGUCUCCAAACCGAGAUAUUGAAUCUCUUAAAAUUUGCUGUGCACGAUGAUAGACAAUGGAAACAUGGCCAUUACUAAUAGAAUGUAACAUUGAAAAUUCUACUAAAAAUACGCAUAUUACCGUUCUCUCCUCCUUCUCUCUGGCUACAUCUAUUCUCUAUCUUUUUUUUUUCUAUUCUCUUAAUAUAUAAAUUUAAUGAAAAACUAGACCACAAAAACCUAGUUCUUAAGAAGCGCAAGUUCGCUAAAUAAAAAAAACGUGUAGAUAAAUAUAAUAUUAUUAAGAAUAAUAAUUGUAAGAGGGUUUUAAUAACAAAUGUAAGACGAAGUUAAUACAACAGCGGAUAAAUAAGCCUUUGUAUACUUCUCGGCAAUUACUAAUCGAUUCGCAAUCACGUAUUGUAUAAAAAAUGGUGUUGCUCAUUUAAGUGGAAAAAUGAAAACUAGAUCUACAAUAGAAAAGCCUCGUUUCUUUGUGUUUUAUAACAGUCUUUAUAAUAUUUUGUACAAUUUAAAAAGAAAUGUAUAAUCUAAUAAACCAUUUAUCGAUAAA